AUGGCCGCCAAUGAGCUGGUCGCGGGGGAGUCCUGCAAGCUUAGCGGCCACGUUGACGAAUGCUGUAACUGCACGUACCAGGAUGUUGAUAGGCUGAAUGCGGUGGUGCAACCUCUGCUGCGGCAGCUUGUGCGGACGGCGUUCUUCCGAUACUUCAAGGUGAACAUCUACUGCGACUGCCCUCUGUGGCCAGAUGACUCGAUGUGCAGUCUGAGGGCCUGCAGCGUGUGCGAGUGCGAGCAGGCAGAGGUGCCGCAGACGUGGAGGAGGGAGGAGGAGGAGGGAUGGUGCAACACAAACCAAUGUGCUGCUGAGCUGGACAGCAGGGUGGACAGCACUGUGGAUCCAGAUACGGCAUUACGAUUGCUGAACUUGAAGGGCUGGCGGGGGUUCAACAACCCCUGGAUGGCUGAGCCGGAAGGGGCUGACGACUACCAGUACGUCAACCUGUUGAUCAAUCCGGAGCGCUACACGGGUUACGCUGGAGAACACGCACACCGCAUCUGGAACGCCAUCUACUCGCAGAUCUGCUUCCAGCAACAGUCCCCUUCCCCCGCCACCUCCUCCUUCUCCUCGUCCUCCUUGCCGACCAUCUCCCUAGCCGUUCCCACCAUAUCCCUCGCCUCGGAUCAGAUGUGCACGGAAAAGCGCGUGUUCUACCGUCUCAUCUCGGGCAUGCACGCCUCCAUCUCCGCCCACAUCUCCGCCAACUACCUGCUCGACGAGGAGAGGGGUCUGUGGGGCCACAACCUGACGGACUUCCGCAAGCGCCUGGGCUCACCAGAGCUGCGGUACCGAGUGGAGAACCUGUACUUCGCGUACCUCUUUGUCCUGCGGGCGGUGACCAAGGCGGGGCCGCUGCUGGCCCGCUAUGAGUACGUGACGGGGCUGGAGGAGGAGGAUGCGGCGACGGCCGCGCUGAUGAAGCAGCUGGUCGAGUUGCCCGAGCUGCGUCCCUCCUGCCCCAUGCCCUUCGACGAGGGACGGCUGUGGAAGGGCAGUGACGGCCUGGCACUACGCGAAGAGCUCAGAUCCGCAUUCAUCAACAUCACGCGUAUCAUGGACUGUGUGGGCUGCGAGAAGUGCAAGCUGUGGGGCAAACUGCAGACCUUGGGGGUGGCGACGGCGCUCAAGGUGCUGUUCAGCUCCUCCGACUGCAGCGGGACGCUGCCCACCUCGCCCGUCCUGAGUACUCUGGUUCUGGAGCGGAACGAGGUCAUUGCGCUGGUGAACCUGCUGGAGAGGUUCUCGGCGAGUAUAGAAUACUACCGACACCUGUCUGAGGAGCUUCAGGCGCUGGAGGGCGCUGAGGCGGCUCCGCUGGUGGUGGCGUCAGGCGAGCCGGUGGCAUGA